CUAACCUCAAAAUAAUAUUGCCGUUGUUUAUUAGCAGCAUGAAGACCGAGAUUUUCCUUUAGUAUAUUCUUGAGACCACUUUGAAAAGAAUCGCGUUUCAUUUUGUGCCUUGAGAAAUUUAAAAUAAUCGUACUCCUUUUUUUUGCAAAUGAAAUUGUGUGCAUUUUUCUCUUGCAAGAUAUGGUGAAACUUCUGUUUCAAGUUGUCUCGAAAAGUGUCCCUGCUUGCAGAUUUUUUUAUCAUCACCUUUCGGUUCUUGAAUGAAGAAGGAAAUCCCAAGGGAGAUAUUUGACUCAUCUGCAGCAUGGUGUAUUAGAAGGAAGCAUCAGUUUAUUCCUGCAAAAUAUCUAAAAUCCCAAGCUGAAGCAAGGAAGGAACCUGCCAUCAUGAAAUUGGAUACACCAGAAUUUCAUUCUAUAUUCACUCCAGAGCUUGAAAAAUUAGUGUCAAUUUUUAACAAGCAUUCCUAUGAAAUUCGCAUCGCAGGAGGAGCUGUAAGAGAUCUGCUCAUGGGCAAAGCUCCUCAUGACUUGGACUUCGCAACUGUUGCUACUCCUGAUGAAAUGAAGUCCAUGUUCAUCACUGAGAACAUCAGGAUGAUUAACAAUAGAGGCGAAAAACAUGGAACUAUAACUGCUAGGAUUAAUGACAAAGCAAAUUUUGAAGUUACAACUCUAAGAAUUGACAUUUCCACAGAUGGAAGGCAUGCAGAGGUUCAAUUUACCACCGAUUGGAAACUAGAUGCAAAUAGGAGAGACUUGACCAUUAAUGCCAUGUUUCUUGGUUUAGAUGGAACUGUGUAUGAUUAUUUUUAUGGAUAUGAAGAUCUGCAAAAGAGGAGAGUAAGAUUUGUUGGGGACGCUGUUCAACGUAUCCAAGAAGAUUAUUUAAGAAUGCUUCGAUAUUUUCGAUUUUAUGGUAGAAUAGCUGAACAUCCUGAUGCUCAUGAUGGUCCGACUUUAGAAGCCAUGAGACAAAAUGCAUCAGGUUUAGAUAGAAUUUCUGGAGAGAGAAUCUGGGCUGAACUAUCAAAAAUUUUAGAGGGCAACUUUGGAGGUGAACUAAUGGCGAAAAUGCUAAGUUUAGGAAUGGGUCCUCACAUGGGUUUUCCAAAAGAUUCUAAUGUGGAUGAAUUCAUGAGAAUCUGGAACCAAAGCAAGAAUAUUAAGUUGAAACCUCCUUCAUUAAUAGCAGCUCUCGUGAGCAGUAUAGAUGAAGUAACUGAGCUUUAUGGCCGAUUAAAGUUUUCUGCGCUAGAGAGAGAUUUAUGCUAUUUUAUUGUUGAACAUCGAGGAGCUCCAGAAGCCGUCAAUCGUUUAAGGCCUUAUCAGUUAUUAGAGUUGCAUUCCAGAUUCAAACCAAAUGUAGCUCAUGAUUUUGUUAUCGAGUUAUUGAAGUACAAAAAUGAUUUGGAAUUGUUAAAAGAGUUUGAGCCGUGGCGAUGUCCCAAGUUCCCUGUCAACGGUAUCAUCCUUCGAGAAAACGGCGUUCCAGGUGGACCAUCAAUGGGUAUAGCCAUGAGCAAGCUCAAAGCUUAUUGGGCAGACCAUGACUUUAAAGCCACCGCGGAAGAUAUCAUCAAGCAAAUUCCAAGAAUCUUAGAUGAAAUGGGUGUGGAUCCUUCUGCGGAGCCACAAAAAAAGCCGAGUCCUAAAAAGUCACGUAAAUCUUAGAAUAUCGAAGUCACCAUUUCAAAAUAUCUAUCAUAAGAUAUCUUGAAUUCCCAAUUCAAUUAUUAUUUUUACUGUUGUAAAUUAAAUGUAUAUUUUUUUGUUAGGUCGUAAGUUCAAACAUUGUUUCUGUUACCAUCCAAGGAAGGAGAAGCAAAAACAGAAAUAAAUCAUUUUUUUUUUUAAAUUCA